UCGAGUAUCGACUAUCAACAAUCUGACUCGCCGCGUGCUGCUAGAAAAUAUUUCUAAAAAUUAGUAAAUAAAAUGGAUGACGAGGCGGAAACUUAUAAACUAUGGCGCAUUCGCAAGACAAUCAUGCAGCUGAGCCAUGACCGUGGAUAUCUCGUGACGCAAGACGAGUUGGAUCAGACUUUAGAGCAGUUUAAGGAAAUGUUUGGCGACAAACCCAGCGACAAGCGGCCGUCACGCUCUGAUUUGAUUGUGCUGGUGGCUCACAACGAUGAUCCAACUGACCAAAUGUUCGUCUUCUUCCCCGAGGAGCCCAAGAUUGGUAUUAAGACCAUCAAGACUUAUUGCACGCGCAUGCAGGAAGAAAAUAUACAUCGCGCUAUUGUUGUUGUGCAAGGCGGCAUGACACCUUCGGCCAAGCAGUCGCUUAUUGACAUGGCGCCCAAGUAUAUUCUGGAACAGUUCUUGGAGUCGGAGCUGUUGAUUAACAUAACAGAGCACGAAUUGGUGCCAGAGCAUGUGGUUAUGACGGCGGAGGAGAAGCAGGAGCUACUUAGUCGGUACAAACUAAAGGAAAACAUGUUGAUGCGCAUCCAAGCCGGUGAUCCGGUGGCACGCUACUUUGGUCUGAAGCGUGGACAAGUUGUGAAGAUUAUACGCUCUUCGGAAACGGCGGGACGCUAUAUAUCAUAUCGAUUGGUCUGCUAGCCUAAGCUCUUUUUACAAUUUAUAAAAU